CCCUGAGCAGUAAGGGCUGGCUAGCCAAACAGCACUUACCUGGAACCGCUAGAGUCCUGGAAUAAUGUUUUUGCCCUCCAGAAAGGAUCUGAAGACUGCACUGGAGGUCUUUGCUAUUUUCCAGUGGACCUUUAGUGUCUUCCUUAUCGUAAACAUGGUGAUCCUUGUCAACCUCUACCUACUGGUGUUCACAUCCUACUGGCUUGUUACUGUGUUCAUUUUCAUCUGGCUGGCUUUUGACUGGAAGACCCCUGAGCAAGGUGGCCGCCGAUUCAACUGUGUGAGGCGCUGGAGACUGUGGAAACAUUACUGCAAUUAUUUCCCCAUUAAGCUAUUGAAGACUCAUGAUAUUUCCCCCAGCCACAACUACAUCCUUGCUUGCCACCCUCAUGGGCUGCUGGCUCAUUCAUUCUUUGGCAAUUUUGCUACUGAAGCCACAGGCUUCUCCAAGAUCUUUCCUGGCAUCACCCCCUAUGUGCUCACACUAGGAGCUUUUUUCUGGGUGCCCUUCUUGAGAGACUAUGUAAUGUCUACAGGGAUCUGCUCUGUGAGCCAAUCCUCUAUCAACUUUCUGCUUACCCAGAAGGGCAAAGGAAAUAUGCUCGUUGUGGUGGUUGGUGGCCUGGCAGAGUGCAGAUACAGCUUGCCAGGGUCUUUUACCCUGGUCUUGAAAAACCGAAGCGGCUUUGUGCGCAUGGCCCUCCAGCAUGGGGUGGCACUUAUCCCUGCCUAUGCUUUUGGGGAGACAGAACUCUACAAUCAGCACAUUUUCACUGCUGGGGGCUUGGUCAACUGCUUCCAGAAGUGGUUCCAGAGUCUAGUACAUAUCUACCCUUGUGCUUUCUAUGGGCGUGGCUUCACCAAGAACUCCUGGGGCCUUCUGCCCUAUGCUCAGCCUACAACCACUGUCGUCGGGGAGCCUCUACCACUGCCCAAGAUUGAGAACCCAAGCCAGGAGGAUGUGGCUAAAUACCAUGCACUUUAUAUUGACGCCCUACGCAAAUUGUUUGAUGAGCAUAAGACCAAGUUUGGCAUCUCAGAGACCCAGGAUCUGGAGAUCAUUUGACACAUAUCCUCAGAAACCUUACAACCUUGCUGGGAGAUGUGGAGCUGGUGGACACAGGACACAUUCUCUUUGGGCUCCCACUCCUAAUAUGACCAGUUUUCAUCAUGGAAAGGGGCUGUCCAUCUGGUUGGUUUCAUACCCAUUUUUUCUACUUCUUUCUCUUAGCUUUUUGCCUUUUCCUUGUGAAGAUGGGGAGACAGACCCAAGAGGUCCUAGGAGAGAAGUCCUAAAGGCUCCAACAUGAGAGCAAGCAGAAUUAAAACUGGUGGCAGAAUAAAAUAUCCAUCUUCUGAUACUAAAUGUGCUCCAACUAGUCUGUUUGAGGGGCUGUAGGGUCUCCAUGCAUAUCUUCCUUUCUCUUGCUCUCAAACAUUUCCAUCUCCUAGCAAAGAGACUCUUGCAGGAUCAGAUGCCUUGAGAACUAGUGGGCUGUUCAAGGUCCAUGACCUUCAAGCCAUAGUGAUUUUGAGGGUUUUCAGUCACUUUUGAGCCUGUUUCCUCAUCUUUCAAAGGGGACUAAUAAUCCCUCUCCUGCUUACUUCAAAGGUCAAAUGAUAUUGGAAUGUGUCCGAAUUUUAUAAACCAGAGAGCUAACAAAGUUCUCGUCUGACCAUUUCACUCAUUUCCUGUC